ACCUGUUUUGGCGGAGGCUGCGCCUGUUCAGUCGUCGCUCUCUCCGAACACCAGGAGACCGCUGGUGGCGGCUUAAAUCCGAGGACAGCAGCAUUCUACUCGGUAAUGGAGGUCGACGACAGUGAAGUAGGAUCUGAGUGCACCUCCUCAGAAUCCUACGACGGGGAGCCGGCUGCUAUGAGGCGGCGCUUGGACAUCAAGGGCAGCUUCGCCACAACGGACCACCACAGGAGGGCUAACUUGCCUUCCGAUAAUAGAACAAGUGAAUAUACGGCCGCGGUACCACCUGCCAAAGAAGACGACGACCAUUCAGGGAGUGACGAAUCACUGCUAGAAGUUACACUGACGUCGCAACAGGAGUGUGAUACAGGUCCUAGUGUCGUGGACACCUCGCACGAUUGUUCUUUUAUGAGCGCGUCUUACGUCGAUUUAGCUGAAAUGGGUGUAGGGCAAGAAUUGGUGGAAUUGGACAUUGCUACUUCAAGCACUGUAUCUACACAAAUUACUUCAAGGGGAGGCGGUAGCAGAGGGGGAACGCUGCCUUCAAUUCCACUCUGCAUCUCCGAAGGAGCUUCGCAAAUACGUCAGCAAGAUGCCAACACAUUCACUUGUACUAGAGAUCAGUGGAAGAUUUACCGCGAGGCAGGAUAUCAAAGGAAGACUAAAAGCGAAGACGGUGGUAAAGACUCCAGUGAAACCGAUCUGUCGUGUGCCAACAGCUCUUCUGGUGAUUCUAGCAGUGGUUUUUAUGGAGACGUCGACGAGGCAGACUACACAGGCUCUUUAGCAUCCUCAGCGGACCUCCUGGAAACCUAUGACAAUGUUAAGGAGGCUUUUGAGAUGGAGAAGCAGAGAGAAGAGGACACUGUAAACUUAAUUGGUUCCUGUCUUGAAAAGGUGUCAUCUAAGAUCGGUCACUUGCAAGAAAUCGCUUCAAAAGUAUUAAGCAAUUACCGUAUGCCUGAUGCUGAAGCGUUAAUUUCUGAAGCGGCUUUCGACACUGUUACCGGUCAAGGCAGCUCAUCUACCAAGAAUAGCCCCAGCAGUGUUGUCACUGGUAUACCAUCCAGCCAUCACGCGUCCGUGGACGAAGUAGGAAAUCCUGCACAGGUAGAGUGUAAGAUGGGCGGUGAAAAUGAAAAUGACACUUCUUCUGAGCACGGUAGCAGCUGCGAGGAAAGAUUCGUCGCUGUGAAAGCUUACGUACUCAUAGCCCCCUCUAAUUACGUUCCCGAAAAUGGAAAUAGUAGUGACGAGGAGGAGCAGAGGAGGGUGCCUUGCGAGACUGUUACGAAAGGCGCAGCUGUUACCGCUUCCACAAGGACGAGCGUAAGCACCACUGAAGACGACAGGGCGAGCACAAGGGUGCAGCUUGGAACAUCUGAAGAAACAGCAUCGAACAGGAGCCAUGUCGACAGUGAAUGGACGGAUGAAAGCGAUCAGGAGGGUAACGGCAAAAAGCUGCAGAACGCUUGCAAGUUGGCUCGCACGUCGCGCAAAGUAGUAGCACGCCAGCACGGAAUAAUGUCUCAUAUCAGCGCUAUAGCCGAGCAGCGCCUUCGUAAAAUAAACGUCACCUGCCUGACUAUAAUGAACUGCGUAAAGGGUACAGCAAAUGUGGCGUGCACAGCUCUGGGAGCCAAGAGAGUUGCUCGGCUGUCUCUGCAGCAAGCGACGGCGAGGUCUGAUAACACGGUCUUCCAAGUCGCCGAAGCUGCCAGCUCCACCUCGCGGUUCGCGAGGGAGGCCGUAGCGUUUGCUGAGAGGGCGGUGCAACUGCACCGGGAAGCCCUGGAGGCACUGACGGAGGCGAGGGCAUUGUUGGACGGGAUUCAGUUCGAAGAAGGUAGAGGUAGAGAUCUCUCCCGCCAAGUCUCUGCCUUCGGAGACGAAAUGGACAAACUGAUGCAGCAGACGGCGAAUAUCAGUUUGGACGAAUUGAGCGACAAGAAAAGUGUCGUGGCGUCGAGCAGGGGAGCUAUGUCGUUUGCUUUGAUAGAAGUGAAGGAACAAAGUACCUCUAUAGAAAACCUGGCCCAUAGAUGUGACAGGGUUCUGUCUGAUGUCCUAAAGGUCUUGCAGAGGGGCACGAGUAGUUCCGUCAAGGCGAUAACUGCAGCCUUGGAGGCCCUUGAAACUUUCGGAAGUGACAGUUAAGUGUGAUGAAAGUGGGCCCAGUGGUUUGCUAUGGUAGCAUUUUAACUUUAAUGAGCACAAAGGGGAGGCAAUUCUGUGACAUUUUCCGCAGUUGCAAAGUUGGUUAGGUGCUAUAUAUGAAAGAACGGCAUCGGCAGGAUCAAUAACACUUCACCAAUCACCGCUUGUAAAACGGCAGUCAUCACUAAGAGACUAGGGAUAUCCUUAGUUGUACAGCCACAUAUUGAGUGCUCUCUUUUCGUACUGCACAAAGUUUUGACCUGAACUGUAGAGUACUUAAAAAAAAUCCUCGCUGUGCUAUCCAGAACCGAUUAUUCAUGCAGAGAUGUCCAUGAAUUUCUAAUUCAAUAUCACUAGAAGAUAGGAGUUCAACACAAGACAACUUGAGUGAGCAUCGAAAUGCAUGACUUCCCCCAGCCAACGG